GUUCUCAUUUCUUAAAACGUGCAAGAGAAGCUAGUGCAAAAAAACAUAGACUAAAAUGAAUCCGAACCCUAUUGAUGUUGGGAAUAACGGGGAUCCUGAGGGAAAAGUUUCCGAAUCAGAAUUUGUAAACCGGAUGCCGGAGAUCUCAUCUAAUGAGGGGAGUUAUGGUUUAAAAAUUUUUCGAUCCUCGCUUAAUAUACUAGCGCAUAUAUUAAUCGGUAUAACGGUUGGAAUAUCACUUCUUUUCUCAUUCAGAAGAGGCACAUUACCUCUGGGAACAACGAUGCUGCAUAUUGUAUUGUGUGUGAUUGGUUUCCAAUUACUUAUGUCAGAAGCAAUUUUAUCAUUGUGUCCUUACAAUGGAUGGUCAAAUUAUUUACGCUUAGCAGAUAAGAAGAGAGCGCACACCAUUCUACAAAUCGUUGGAUCAGCUCUAGCCCUUGCUGGUUGUUUUAUUAUGGUCUUAGCAAAAAGUGUGAAUUUUAACACCUUGCAUGGACAAUUUGCCCUGGUUGCAAUGGUAUUCACAGUAGCGAGUCUGUUUAACGGCUUAACUUCCUGGUAUGCUUUCGAAUUACGGAAGUGUCUUCCAGGAAAUUUAUCCAAGAUCACGCACAUUGUUUUUGGUAUUGUUGCCUAUGCGAUGUCUGCCAUUUCAUUAUGCUAUGGAUUUAAUAAAGGGUCCUUUAAAAACUGGGCCUCACCACCCUUUACAUAUACUAUCAUAGCAUUCACUGGCUGCUUUACACUAAUUUGUAUUAUUACUCCAAUUUUUACCUUCUUUGAAAAAUCUAUAGGAUGCUUGAGAAGGAAUAUGAGAGGAUAGGGGAGGCUCGAACGACAUAUAAGCAGUUGUCAGAGGAGAUCAGGACUUUUUUUGUGUGACAGAUUAAUCGAUCGUGGUUUUUCGAAGUGUGUUUAAAUCUUUCGUUUGUGUUAUAUUCAGAUUUCAUUUCACGAUAAAUUUAAAUCGAUAUAGUUAAAAGUUAUUAAUUUAAAAUUGUCUUUAGUUUUAUGUGAAUUUAAUAAAUUAAUAUUGAAAUUGUAUCGAAUAUUACUUUUAAAAGUCAAUUCUGAUGUUUUUUUCUAAGAAUGUAUAUAGCUAUUCUGAUCUGCUUAUGUCGCCACUAACAUAAUUAAAAUUUAAACAAUGUUAUGAUUUGUAAGUCAUUAAGAUAAUGUUUAUACAUAAUAUUCAUAACAGUUGUGAUUUUAUCAAUCAAUAAAUAAUGUUAGCAAUAAAAUUUUACGACAUGGA